AUGGAAGAAAAGAGCAUCAAGUACGAUUACGGCUACGAUUACGGCUACGAUUACGGCUACGAUUACGGCUACGAUUACGGCUACGAUUACGGCUACGAUUACGGCUACGACUACGGCUACGACUACGGCUACGACUACGGCUACGACGGCGAGAAAUUUCUCUGCCGAUGCUGA